AUGGAUAAUGAGGUGUCCCCAGAGGUGCGUCAUCGACAUGUGACCGAGGUAUAUGGCACGAAAUUUGUCGAUAAGACGCAAAAGGCCCACGAUAAAGCUAUAGCCCUCGCGCGGGAUGAUGACAGCAAACUUCGCUCCGAAAAGAGUCCGCCGGGUGGUUUUGAUGAGACGCCUAUACCACGCGUGCCCCCUGGUUUCACCCUCAAAUUUACCUUCCACCAGGCGAAGAAUCUUCCUGUCGCCGAUUUCAAUACGCUAUCAUCCGAUCCCUUCGUUCGAGCUGAGUUGCGAGUCGAUCUCCCCAAGCGGCACAAACAAGACCCUGAGAUAUCUUUUCGAACACACACAGUAAGAAGAGAUGUUAAUCCUGUUUGGGACUCGGAAUGGAUCGUGGCCAAUGUUCCCGCUUCAGGGUUCCAUCUUAAGUGUCGUGUUUUUGACGAGGAUCCGGCAGACCAUGAUGAUAGGCUAGGGAAUGCACAUGUUAUUGUGGAUAAUAUAUCUAAGAACUGGAGAGGAAUCCAAGAAACCUCGUACCAUAUCAAAAAGCGUGCUGGAAGUAAGAGGGCCUAUUUCUUCAGGACUCUCGCUGCGACUUGUUCUCCGAAACGAAGUAUGAAUGCCGAAUUGAUCAUGAGUGUUGAGUGUCUUGGGCGGACUCCCACCGACAACGGUGGCCACAUGUACACAUUGGGGCCUCUAUACUGGUUUAAACAUUUCUCUCCAUUAAUUGGAAGAAUCUUGAAAACUUCGGUUAUGACAGAGAACCAAGAUGCGAAAGGCAAAAGCACCCGCUAUAACUUCCAAGCAGUUCAGAUACAGCUUAGAGGACCUGUUCCUGAGGAGUUAUAUCAUAGAUACGUCGAAUUUAAACCCUUUGUGGCAGGAAUGUUCACUUCUCAGAGUUUACGAGGACGUAUCCUCAAUCGAGCAUUGCACCACCAGCAUGCCCGCAUCUAUAACUUUGACCGAAGCACUAUGAACGGGCAAUUUCCAUCCCCCUCUACAGAACUCACCCAGUUAUUCUUAGACUUUGUGGAUCACGGCCGCGGUGGCAAGAUCUUCACGUAUGUGCUCACGCUGGAUGGCCAUAUGCGCUUCACAGAAACUGGGAAGGAGUUUGGCAUCGAUCUCUUGAGCAAACAUACCAUGCACAGUGAUGUGUCAAUCUAUAUCGCUUUCUCUGGCGAAUUUUUUGUACGCCUCAGAAAGAAACACCACCAUCGGCGCCAACAAUCUAACGGGUCUACGGAGAACACUUCUUCAAAUGGUGAAGUAAUCGAAGGAAACGAAGCACAUGAUAGCAAUGAAAAUAAUGAUGACUCUAUUGAAUACGAACUCAUGAUUGAUAAUGAUAGUGGAACAUAUCGGCCAAACGCCGAUAAACUCCACCUUCUUCAAGAAUUCUUAUCUGCUAACUUUCCUGGGUUACACGUCACGACUCUUGACUGCCAGAAAGAUGCGGAGCGAAUGAACCGUCUUAAAGAAGAAAGAAGAAUGGAGAAGAAACAAAGUCAAGGCCAGCUAGUGUAUAUGCAACAAGUCCACAACUCCGAAUCAUCACUUUCCAGCUCUGACGAAGAGGAUAUGCGUCGACGCGGUGGACAGCUAAACACACACCAGAGGGGCAAUCUUGCUCGCAAUUUUAAUGAAAUGAAGGAUGUUAGAGGCAAAUUUCGACAUUGGCUGGAAGCAACAGACGAACCAAAACUGCAGCGGAAGCUGGAUGAAUCACGAUGA